CCAGUAGGGAUGAGCUACGGGGGCCGGUAGAGUCCAGACCGCGCGACAGCAGCAGUGAUGGAGGGGGUAACGGUGGGCCAGGUAUUCGAUGCUGAGUGUAUCCUCAGCAAACGGCAGAGGAAGGGAAAGUUCGAGUAUCUGGUGAAGUGGAGAGGCUGGUCUUCCAAGCACAACAGUUGGGAGCCUGAAGAGAACAUUCUGGACCCGAGGUUGCUGGCAGCUUUUCAUAAGAGAGAACAAGAACGGGAACUUCUGUUUCAGAAGAAAGGAAAACGGCCCAGAGGACGACCCAGGAAAAUCCUGCCUCCACCUGCUGACACCAAGGACAGCCAUUCCUCCUCCUCUUCCUUCGGCCUCUCAUCCGAGCCCUCCUCUUCCUCCGAGGAGGAUGACGACGAUCAUGUGAAGAAGGCCAAGCAAAGUCCUCGUAUACACCCCGUGCCCCAGAAGCGGCCUCAGAUCCUGUUGGCCAAGCCCGAUCCGCCGCAUAAGAAGAAGCGUGGGAGGAAGCCACUGCACCCGGACCUGAAGGCAUUGCGGCAGGGAAAGAGUCUUCCUUCUCCUCCACGCCACCACCAGCCAAUCAGGUCGCCCAGAGAUGAGCCACGGCCCGGUGUGAAGAAGCCCCUGCAGCCGGCCAGCUUCACCUACCCUGGGCUGAGCCGGAGCUCCAGAGAGGAGGGCGCCUCCUCCUUCUCUCAGAGCUCCACUUCCAAACCCGGAUCCCUUAACUGCGUCUGGGCCGGCCGCUCUCUGUCCGCCUCGUCCUCCCACAACAAAGGCAGUCCGUCACAGAAGCCAUCUGAACUGCGACGCGCCGUCUCCGAAACAGGAAGCGUCAGAGCGGACGCCUUUAAAGGAUCUGCUCAGAAACCAGCGCCUCUCGGUCUCCACAGCAGCUUUGGAGGACAUCCGAUAGCGGCGCAACGCCCCCCGCUGACCCACAGAAGGCAUGACAACGUGGGCGGUCAGUCUGGCUUGGUUCAACACAAACAGCAGAACUCUAGUUUCUCCAAACAGUCACCUUCACCAACGCCCAGAGAGCGGACCAGCCAGGCGUUGAAUCUACGAGCGCUCAACCUGCAGAGUGUCGGUAAGCUUCCGGGAAGCGGUGGUUUGCAAGGGGGUUCACGCAGCACCGGUGUCAGCAAAGGAACCACAGCCGGUGGGCAACGCUCUGGGUCCGGUGCCGCAGAACCUGGACGGAGCAGAACGCAACCCGCAGGAGGCAGCAGGCAGGAGGAGCACAAACACGGGUCUAGCUCUCAGAACCGCAACCUGAAUGAGCUCAGCACCGGCGAUUCGGACGAUACCAGCAGCAGCGAGUCGGAACACGACCCCUCAUCGUUUCCCGGCGACACGAGGCCGAGCGUCAGCAGCAACACCGCCGAGUCGGACACGGAAACGGACUGGAGGCCGGCAAGGAGCCUCAUGGAGCACGUCUUUGUAACUGACGUCACGGCCAACUUCAUCACGGUGACUGUGAAGGAGUCGCCAACCAGCGUGGGAUUCUUCAACUCCCGGAAUCACUAAAAAGAAAGAAAAAGACCCGGAAAUCUCGUUUCAGCCCCUGCUGAGGAAGGAACUUUGAAUAAGUUUUUUUUCCAAGUCAAACCGCAGUUGGACUCUGAUCAAGUCUAACGGAGGAGCUUAUGAAGGUUUGUUUGAGGUUGUUGGGUUAUUCUUUACAACCAUGCUUGCGAUGGUUGAGGGGUUUCUCAGUCCAUCAAUGGGAAAACUUGGAAAAUCUGGUCAGGUUCUAGACUUUGGAGGAGUCUGGGCUGCUCUGAUAUGCUGAUAUUUUGUUGCUGACAGCAGUUCUAGGUCGUGGAGAGGAUUGGAUCAGUCUGUGGUGUGUUUCCGCCCUUAGUUAGGUUUUAUCUGUGAUAUGCCUUGAGAAUGGGUGAGUAAAAGAAGUAAUAUAAUACUUAAUAUGCCAUCUGGAACUCUAUAUUGCAGUUCUCAGUUCAUGUCAGCAGGUGGUGUUGUUUUGCAAACCUAAAGCUGGGAAAUAUUAACUGAUUAACUCCAGCCUGUUUUGUUAUUGUAUAUAAGCUGAAGCUGUAGCAUCAGUGAAACUAAAUCAUGUCCUCACAUCAGCUCAGUAAUCACUCAUCUUCACGGUUGUUUCCCUCUUGUUUUUUGGCUUGAGCUGUUAUCUUCAUGACUGUAUUUAUCAGCUUCUAGUCUGUUUUCUUUCCAAUCUGUGAUCUUGGUCUCCAUUGUGGGUUUUUCAGGCUUUCUGCAAGACUUACAAGUACUGGUACCAGAAGGUUCCUUACAUGUCGUUAGAUGGCCAGUAAUCUGUUGUGUGGCUACAAAGGAGACCAGAUGCCCAUAAAGCUUGACACUGUUUGGUUUAAUGAUUGUUAGUAGCUCCAGGUCAGUUUGCUCCUUCCCCAGUUCAUACCCAUAUACUUAGUCAAUGUCAUGUCAGUUCAUUGUAGUUAAUUAUUUAUUCUCAAUAAUGAAGAUAAAUUAUCAUAAAAAUGCUCAACUAUAACUUAAAGGUGGUAUUAUCUGAAACCUUCAAGUUCUACUCUAUUCUCAUUUAUUUUGGUUCUUUAUUUCCAUUCAUGAAAACUGCUAAAUACAAAUAAUGGUGAUCUGCUGUUAGAGAUUUACUGGAGAUGUACAAUCACGUUUCCUUUCUGUGAGCUGGGAGUAGAUUAUGCAAAAUAACCUCUUUGGCUGGCAAAGCAGGUACAAAACAUCAACCUGGCUGGUACAAGUUGAUGCCAUCUCAACACAAAACAACCCAUACCCGCUCCCUUUUGACCUGAACUAGUUGUGUACGAAAUGACCGGAGCAGCGAAGGUACUAAAUGGCGAAGAGGUGAAACGACCAGCAAGCCAUCUUUGUAGCAUUCACCACUCCGUCUCUUCUGACUUCUGCUCGCUGUAAGGCCAACUCACGUUGGGCGUGUCCCUGCUUGAUUUGUUCGACUUUGAGGUGAAAUAUUGAACCAGGAAAUUCUUAUACCAUAAAGAAAGUCUUCACCGGUUUAAUUAGGGACAGUCAGGGAUUCUGAUGCAUUUUUGCAGAUAUUAUUUUGGUGUUAAUUUCAAAGUAAAAGAAGUCAGGUGAUCUUGCCAUUUAAAAAAAAAAAUACUUACCUCUGACCUGGAUCAUCAGUGAAGGAAACCUUUUAGCUUCUUAUAAAAAUUUAAUUUGGCUCAUUCCUAAGCUGAGCUUUAUAUGUACUUGAAUGAAAUAUCUGUAUUUUUGUUUUAAGGACUUUUUUUUUUUUGAGAAAUCACCCCAAAGAAGCGAAUAAUGGUCCUUUAAGCUUUCUGUAAUGACACUGUUUGAGAUGUAUCUUCUUCCAUGCCUCUUUUAGGACAAACUGUUUGAAAAUGAUUAUUUUCAUUUCAAACUCAGUCUUUUCUCCUUGAUUUGAAUUGAAUCGGAAGGAUCUGACUCCGGUUCAAUGUCAGCCGCCAUUAAAGUACAACAGUCUGUGUUGAAAUAGGAUUUUGUAAGAAUCUACUGUCAGCAUGUAGACUCUAGAAACCAUCAGAUGGACGUUAUUAACUCUUCUGCAGGUCCUCAGGUCUCAGCUGGACUUCCACUGCCACCUCCCAGCUUCCCACCAGCGAUCUGUUCAAACCUUCCUGCUCCUCUCCAGAGUUUGAUUCUAGACUCUCGCUUUUAUCCUGGACCUCAUUUUUUUCUAUGUCUGAGCUUCUCCUGAAGAACUCCCAUCGGAGUUCUCUGUGUUCCGUCUUUGGACCAAAGGUGUAUUGAAUGUGAACUCUUUUGUUCUGACUUGUAUCGUGGACAGUAUCUCCCGCACUAAGCACAGUACAGAUGUAAGCUGACGGAAACGUCCCAGUAUCACUUAAACCAGUUUUGUACCAUUUGUAAUACACACAUCGUUGCAGUGUAUUUUGAAUUUGAAUUAUGUGUUAUUUAUAUUUGUAAAUACGUGGGGGAUUUUUUUUUUUCCAUGAUGUGAUAUCUGAUAUGGAUCUGGUGCUCAUGUCGGCUGAUUAGCUUCAGAUUCCUUGUAGCCUGUGUGCCUCUGCCGUCUGAAGGAUUCGGGAAAUAAAGCGUAACAACUGGUC